UUCAAAACCUACUGCGCUGCUUACCUAGACAUCGUCAUAAGCACGUACCGCACACUCGCGCUCUUAGGAUGCUGUCUAAGUAGGCGACUCGCUGUGUUUUGAAACCUAGCCGCAGACGCUCUAUUUCCUGGUUACUUCGCAAGGAUGAAUGUGGGCGUUGCUCACAGCGAGGUGAACCCAAACACGCGGGUGAUGAACAGCCGGGGGAUCUGGCUGGCCUACCUGCUGCUCACCACUGCCCUGCAUGUAGUCUUACUCAGCAUCCCUUUCCUCAGUGUGCCUGUGGUGUGGACGCUCACCAAUGUCAUACACAACCUGGUGAUGUAUCUGUUUUUGCACACCGUCAAAGGCACACCGUUUGAGACGCCAGACCAAGGCAAAGCACGUUUGCUUACUCACUGGGAACAGAUGGACUAUGGCAUCCAGUUCACAGCAUCAAGGAAGUUCCUCACCAUCUCACCCAUUGUACUGUACAUCUUGGCCAGCUUCUACACUAAAUAUGAUACCACCCAUUUCCUACUCAACACAGGCUCGCUACUAAGUGUCCUCCUUCCGAAGCUGCCUCAGUUUCAUGGAGUUCGUCUGUUUGGUAUAAAUAAAUACUGAUAUGACACUUCAGCCCACUCAUGGAGGGGUCAUAGCAUCAUGGAGAUAAGAUGACUGAAGUUCCUUCAUUCUCCAUAUGAUGCUUCCUUGGUCCAAAGCCGUAGGGCCUUAAGGAACCAAAACUGCACUGGACUCAAGUACAUUAUUUAAAAAAGGCCUUCCAUGCUCAGGUUUACUCAGUCUGUGGUGUUUCUUUUUUAAAUCCGGACUUAUGUCUGUAAUUUUUGUCAUCGUAAUUUCCAGAUUCAUCAAGUUUAAGGAUGUUUUGACUACAUUGCAACAGACAAUGUGCCAAUUAUUAUCCGCUGAUAUUAAUUUUAAUAAGGCUAGCUUUGCAUAAUCCCAUUUGCCACAACAAGCUGUCACUGUGGAGUCAAAACAUGAUAGUGCUGAAUUAUAAAAUUUUUGGUCAGUGUUCUAGUAUAUAACAUGGGCAACUGCAGUAAAUAAGAUACGUUACAAAUAGAAUCAUUAGAAAAAAACAUCAGUUUAAUCUGAACUUUGUUGCUGCAUUUUUCAUUUCAUUUUCUCCAAAAAUGCAAAACAAUGAUCUGUGAUAACGUGUGAAUGUGUUGUGGCAUACAAUCUGGUUUCUCUUGAAGUGUUUAACUUAAAGUUCAUUGCUUAAGUUUCCUGCAGAGCGCUGGUUAUAUUGGAUUUCCUUGAAUUCAUGUAUUUAUUUAUUUUAUCAUAUCAUGAAACAUUCCAAUUUGAAGUAAAUGCCAUGGUAAACAUACAUUAUUGUUAUAAUAUUUAACAUGUACAUGCCUGCAUUUGUCAUGUUUGUUCACAAUACAAAAGUGAGAGUACUGAGGGACAAAAGUCUAAAAAUAUAGGAUUCAAAUUUUAAUUUGAAGCUGGAAAUAAUCUGAUUUUUUUUUUUUUUUACAAUUUACAACAAAAACAUUAGAAUGUAAAACAAAUAAUAAAUAUUAUAUUCAACACUUUUUACAUUUUUUCCAUGUCACAAAUAGCAUCAACUUUGUAAAACUGAUGGUCAGAUGCUGACAAUACCCUUUUUGAAGUCAUGCUGGAGAACAUGAUCAUCAGCUUUCACACAAGCUUAUGGAGUUCAUGUAGCUUGAGUACUGCUGUCAUUGUGUUGCACUGGUAUAAUUAAAAUGACUCUUGCACAAGA